UUAACUCGCAUGUAUUUCUUUAUGAUGCAUCUCAGUAUCGCGGAUUUUAUCACCGGAAUUUUCAACAUCUUACCUCAACUCAGUUGGGACAUUACAUUCAGGGGGGACCGGCAAUGUGUAAAAUUGUUAAAUUUUUACAACCGUUCGGAAAUUACUUGAGUUCUUAUGUACUCACCGCAACAGCUAUUGAUCGAUAUCAGGCGAUCUGUAAUCCCUUCAGUUAUUGCCGUACAUCCUCAUUAAAGUCAAGAGUAAUGGUUUACAGCGCCUGGGUUUUAGCGUUCAUUCUCUGCAUUCCUCAAGUGUUUGUUUUUUCUUAUCAAGAAAUUUCAACCGGCGUCUGGGACUGCUGGGCAUCUUUUAGUCUUCUGUAUGGAGAACGAGCCUAUGUGACCUGGUACAGUAUUUCUGUUUUUCUGUUGCCUUUCAUAGUUCUUCUUUAUACAUACGCAAAAAUUUGUCUGGAUAUAAGAAAAAAUACAGAAAUUUCUCACCGCUUCGACCCUGUAAAUGAUGCGAAAAGAAUGAACUUGAACCAUAAAAAUCGGCAGCCGUUGAUAUCACGUGCUAAAAUAAAAACUAUUAAGCAAAUGAUUACAGUUGUAAGUCUUUAUAUUAUUACAAGCAGUCCGUUUAUCGGGUGCCAACUAUGGGCAACUUGGGAUCCACAAGCUGCUAAUUCGCCAUUUAUCAAUGGACCAAUUUUUACGAUUCUUACCCUAAUGAGUAGCCUUACCAGCUGCGUAAACCCUUGGAUUUAUUUGUGGUUUAAUCGUGAACUUCGAAUUAUUUUAUUAAGCUAUCUGAAGAAAAUAAUUUGCAAUCAAAACAUGAUAAGCUACGAUAACGAUCCGUCUUAUAAUUCAAAUGGCAGUUCAACAAAGUCAUCGAUAAUAGUAACAAUGUUUCGAUGUGCUGGAUCAAUAUAUCAUCGGCAAACGUCUCAAGAAAGCUCAACAGAUUUUAUACUCAUUCGAAGAGAGUCUUAGAUUAAAAAUAGUUUUAAAUAAUAUUAUU